AUGCCUGCAGUUAGCGAAGCCCGUGGUGAUGGUGCUCCGGAAGUAGCCGGCGUCGGUGAGGCGGCCGCUGACGACGCCGCCGAAGAAGAGGAGGAAGACGGAGAUGGAGCCGAUCCAGGAGAUUUCGGAGGGGGCGCGGUGCAGGUGGGAUACGUGUGUGGGGAGGUCAAACCAUGUGUUCAUUAUGCAGAGGAAUCCGGCGAUAAUUGUGGAGGAGGAGUGUUAGAGACCUGUUGGGGAUUGUCUUCCGGGUGGUUCUUACCAGGCAUCCAAGCCGCCCAGCCGCCAUCCGGGGGUGCGGUGACGGCGACCGAAGGUGGAUGUUCCACGACUGUGGGCAUGCUUGGUACACCAGAAAGCACCAAUCUAGGUUGGGUUGGUGGGAGAUGUGCCUCGGCGGUUGUCGCUUGUUCCUCUGGUGUCCCUCUCGCCUCGUUCAGGGGACGAUUAGGUAGCUCGCCGCGAGGGUGGCAGUCGUCCAUCGUCAAGUGGUGGAUGGUGUGCUAG